AUGCGUGCCACUUCCAUCCUCCGCAGUGCUGCCCGCACUCCCCUCAUUCACUUUAUUGGCAAGCGCUCCGUGCCAAAGUCCAUUGACCACUCUCCUCGUGUUCACCCCGCCUCUCCCACCGGCUCGCUCCCUGACUCUUUCGCCACCUACCGUGCUAAGGCUCAGCAGCACGGUCCCCUCGGUCGCUCCUCCUUCAACGGCACCAUUGGCGGUCACUCCGGUGCUUCCUUGGGCCCCGUCAAGCCCCAGGAGGGCGAGUUCUUCGAUCGCGCCGAGCUUCCCGCACGCUUCGGCCGUCUGCCCUGGACCGAGGCCGAGAUCGAGGCCAUUGAGACCGGCGGCGCGAGCUUGUUUGCAUAA